UUGGAAGUAAAAGAUUUAAAAAAAAAUUAUCGAAAUUGGUAUAUAAGAUUAAACGAUUAAGUAAGCUGAAGGAAACAAUCAGAUUAUAAAGAAACGAUAUUAUAACGAAUAUAGUAGCUGUGUUUGAGAAAUUAUAUGUAGACGUUGAAAAUAUACUAUUAUAUAGUUGUAUGGUAUCCAUUGGGUCCAUAUUUAGAGAGACUAUCAGGCAGAAAUAAACUUGUUUUUAUUGUUAUCACUGAAAAUACCAGAAGAACAAAAAUAUUUCCAAGGAAAAGAAGAAACAUCGAACAAAGAACAGUGAAAAAUAAAGUUCAAACUUCAGAAUAUUUUCACGGAGACUGGAGAAUGUUGCUCUGAACUGCGAGGCUAAGCGGCUUCAAAAUGAAUCUGGAAGUGGAACUUAUCGCAGGGGUGAUUAAGGGUGGACCACCCCCCAAAAACCUGCCCGCGCCGAGGCUCAUUAAAAUUUUCAUCGCUGGAGAACGGAAUGAAUUUGUAGAAGAAAGGAAGCAAUUAUUGGAGCUCGUCGGGCCUGAGCUGCAAUCGAUUUAUGACGACAUGGGAAUCGAGGUUCUGUUGGUGGACAUGCAAUAUGCAACGGACGAGAAUCCUGAUAGAAAUCCAUUCUUAGCUGAAUAUUUUUUCGAUGAAAUACACGCUGCUUAUCAACACUCGAGGGGUUGCUUCUUCGUGCUGCUAAUCGGUGACGAGUAUAACACCGGAUGGCUGCCGACGAAGCUCACUUCCGGAACCUACGAAAUCCUUUCGAGUCGCUGCGACAGCAUGAACCAGUACUACGAAGACAAUAGUAAUUGCUACGUCUUAAAGGCUGGCAGAUUGGAAACAGUGAAGAACAGUUGGUAUAGUUUGGAGUCAACUAUAAAGGAGUCAUUGAAGAAGGCUGCGGAAUCUGCAAUUUCGGAUCAGUGUGAUAAUGAAGAAAUUAGGGACAUAUUGAAGAGCACUGCGGAAAGACAACUAGAGUAUGCUUUAAAGCUGGACGAAACGGGUGAUGGCGUGAUAGCUGUGACACGCUCGUGGAAAGGCAGAAAGAGCCACAGAGCAGUGGCUUCGUUGAAGUCUCUGGUGAACAGUCGUCUCCCAGCUGACAAUAUAAUUAACGUCGAAGUAGAGCAGAAAACUGGAGGGAUUAAUCCUGACUAUAGGUCCCAUAGGGGCUACCUGGCUCAUCUUUGUCGCCUAGUCGUGAAUCGCGUGCAGAAUUUGGUGAAUGCUUCCAUAGAGGCGGACCCAGAAAUCAAGAGCAAGAAGAAGAUGGUGCAGGAAAUUUACGCGGAGAGCCUUAUGCACCUGGCGCUUCUUAGGGAGAUUAAACCUUGCGAGGAUAAUGAGCACGUUGAGAGGAUUAAGGAGAGUUUGUUAGCUGGUAAGUCGCAAAAACACGGCCCGAUACUCAUAAAAGGUGGCAAAUACUCCGGGAAAUCAUCGCUGCUGUCAAGAAUUUACACGGACGCCUCCUCCUGGCUGGAUUGCGCCACUUUCAGAGUGGUUCGUCUCUGUGCUUCCACACCUCGAUCAGCGUACAGUCUCGAGCUGCUUCGAGUGCUCUGUCAACAUGUCGGUUUCCUUUCCGGUUUAUUGGACGGGAAUCUUCCUAAAGACGCCUCGUUCGAUCCCCUUUAUCUCAACAAUUGGCUGGGUCAAAUCAUGAGACGGAUCGAGGAGGAGCCAAUGAAGGAGCAAUUAGUGAUCCUGCUUGACGAUCUUCAUCGAUUGCAUCCACUCGACUGCGAUAUCGUCGCUGCUCUGUCGUGGCUACCGAUGAACCUACCACCAGGGGUGCAUUUAGUCGUAACUACAGCUCUUCCUCCCGAAGUAUUACGGCUCACUCCAGUACAAAAAGAAAGACUACGUAGUAACGAGAUUUUAAUCGAGAUCCAAGACCCGAGUUCGGAUUCGCAAGAAACGGAAAACGUUUUCGAUAGAUUAGAAGAAUUAGUGGGCGAAUGUGCGGCGGAUAGAAUCGGCUCCAUCUUGGCUUCCACGGAGUACGGUUUGUCAGAGACAGAAAUCCUUGAAGUAAUUAUGCCAACAAAGGGCGACGAACCUUUGUUCUUAGACGAUGGAUUGUUCAACUUUGCAACUUGGUGCCUGGUUAGGAGAACUUUCAACGAAUUUCUUAAGGUUCGCGUAAUGAGCGGAAGACUGCUUUUCUCCUGGCGAUAUCCGAUCCGUGACCUAGCUCGGAAAUGGUACUUCCCCAACCAGGAGACUCUGAAGAGCUACCACGGAGAGUUGGCGAAUCUUUUCUUUUCAGAAGAUUUCGAAGACAAAGAUGACAAGUCCUCGCCUGAGGAAGAAACUCCUAAAAAAGAAACACCUUUCCAGAGCAGACCAAGGUCCCAGGACACAGCCUACAACCUUAGACACGUGGAAGAAGCUUGGUUGCACUUGUUACGAGCUGGAGACGUGGAAAAGUUGAAGAAAUUGGCAGUCUGCGCGUUUGACUUCCUCCUAGCUGCUGUCCAAAUGAUUUCUGUCAGUUACUUGAGAUGCGUUCUUGAGCAUUCGCGAAAAUAUCUAUUGGAGAGGGACUUGGAGCUGGUGUACUACACUGUGAGGAAGUCUAGUGACAUUUUAACGAGGGAUCCUCUCCAACUUGGGGCGCAGUUGAUCUGUUGGCUGAGGCCUGUGGCUGAAGAUGGUGGUGAUUUGGUCAGCAGAAUGGUUACAGCAGCAAUGGCAUGGUGCGAUGGCUAUACAGCUCCAUUAUUGGUACCAUUAAAUGGAUGGCUUCAACCACCUUUGCCUCUUCAAAUUCGUACUUUAUCUUGUCCACAAGGUGUAAAACUCGUCGAGGCUGCCCCUUCUGGGCAACACGUUAUCAUUGUCCCUUUUCAAGGAGAUGCGCAGUUAUGGCAUGUAAUGUCAGGACAGUUGGUUCAUACCUUUAAAGGACAUUCGAAUCCAAUUUCGUGCUUAGCUGUGACACAACACUCGCAAUAUCUACUGACAGGCUCCGAGGACACUUCGAUUAUAGUCUGGGAUAUGAAGGAAUUAACCUUGAAGCUGAGAAUCCAAGAACACAUCGCCCCUGUUUUAUGCUUGACAUCCGCACUCAAGAAUUCUGUGAUUGUCAGUGGAGGAGAGGAUUCCAGAAUAAUCAUCACGAGUCUUCUAAACGGGAAUGUUCUCAUCAAAGUGGACCACCAUAGAGGGCCUGUGAAUUCCAUUCGCGUUGACUCAGCUGGCGAAAUCCUCGUUUCUGGUUCUUCCGACUACACGGUCUGUCUGUGGUGUCUAAUGAAGUUCACGUUGUUGAAAUGCAUCGAAUUGCCAUCCGCGGUGACUAUGCUUGACGUGUCAGCUGAUUCCGUGUUCCUGUUAGCGGCCUGCGAAGACCAGAAAUUGUAUUUGAGGUCUCUGGCGACGGGAACUGAUAUUCAUACGUUGAGAGGUCAUCAGGGUGAAGUGAAGAGCAUCUGCUUGGCGAGAGAUUGCAGACGAGCCAUUGCUGGCGGUAUCAAGGGCAAGGUUUCCGUGUUUGACAUGCACAGUGGAAGAUUGACAAGAACGUUACCAGCGAACCCGUCAACAGAUGUCACUGCUGUUAAGGUAACAGAGAAGGACGACUUCCUAAUAACAGCUUCCGGUGAUCGAGUGACUUACUGGAGUUUCCGUGGUGAGGAGGCCCACACUAAACCCCCAAAAUCCAGCAAACAAGAAUCGUUGCACCCACACACUGCUCCUAUAUCUUGUUUGGAUAUAUCCAGGGACGGAGCAAUGGCGGUCACCGGUGGAGUCGAUUCUCUUGUAAAUCUCUGGCAAUUAAACACUCAUGAGCUGCUUUCCACUUUCGAAGGGCAUAUUGCUAGUGUGACCUGCAUUGCGUUUUCUGCUUCCGGUUUAUUUGUUGCUUCUGGUUCGGAAGACAAGACGGUUCGUGUGUGGGGUCUGACUUUAGGUUUAGUAGUGGCAACGUUUAAGCACCAGGCACCUGUAACUGCAGUAACGGCCAUGUUUGAUGGACGACGAGUAGUUAGCUCAGAUAGAGCUGGUACAAUCCGCGUUUGGGCAGCUGAUACUGGUACCCUAAUUCAAUCAGUAUGCGGACCUGGUCGAUGUUUUACAGUUUCACCUGAUAUGAGAUAUGCGGUAUGCGGUGCAGGAGACAAUCAAUUAAAAAUAGUAAGUUUGGGAGCUGGUCCUGAAGAGAAGUACCAAGUAUCGCAUUCUCAAGAAAUUACUUGUCUGGUUGUUACUCCAGAUUCUCGUUUGUUGAUUACGGGUUCUAGGGAUAUGAGUUUAAAAGUUUGGCAGCUUGCUGGUGGAAAAUUGUCACAGGUCCUUGUUGGUCACACGGAUCACGUCACCUGCGUUGGAGUUGCAGUCCUCGAUAAAUCCAUCGUAGUAUCCGGUUCCAAGGAUGCUAAUCUAAUCGUCUGGGAUAUCAACACUGGCAGCGAUCUUCACACUCUGAAAGGGCACUUAGGUUACAUAACAUGCGUCAAGCUGUCAGGAGAUGGAAGUUUGGCAGCCUCUGGCAGCGAGGACAAGAGUUUGAUCAUUUGGGACACGAAAAAGGGUUGCUCCCUCAGUAGCAUAAUGUUACAUGUCCCUGUACUGGGUUUAGAGGUUGCCACUGAUCUGUCGAGGCUCGCGUUACAUUUGCUUGAACACAAGUGCAUGCCUAUCCUCUGUUUGCACAAUACUCCGGCGCAAUACGUGAAAUUACCGGAUUAUGUGGCGCCUUGGUGCGACACCAGAGAUCUGAGGCCACCUGGACCGAAGAGACCUAAUAAGAGGCUACUGAAGAAAGAGGUGUCUUUGGAUAGCGAUACGUGGCAUAGGAAAUAUGGUCAUCUUACAUCAGGAAUUCUGACGUCAUCAGUGGAGGAUGGAUUACAACGACGAUUUAGCGUAAGCGCUUCCAUGGACGAGAUCAGCAAGGUUGGAUUAACGAAUAGUCCCUCCGGAUUAGGACCGGAGCAGGCUGCUCUCGCUCAGUCGCAACAUUUCGAUCAACUCGAAGCACUUUGGAACAAACAAUCGCCACCUGCUAGGCCCCGUGCUCAUGGAAGAACUCUGUCGAAGCAAAGCUCUUUGCAAGCUACGCGGAUAUCCGAUUCUGAGGAAGAGGGUGUACCGGACUAAAACAACAUUUCGUUAGAAAAUAAACGGACUAAAUCUUAAUCGUCGUACCUUUCUCUUU